UCCGCUCCCGCAGGGCCCAGGGCCAACGGGCACGCCAGGCCGGAGGAGCCGCGGAAGGCGAAGGCGAGGCCUCGCAGGGAGAAGCAGCAGCAGCAGCAGCAGCACAGCUUCACACACCGGCUGCUGGUCGCCACCCUCAAGGGCCACAGCAGCCCGGUGACCUGCCUGGACUUCAGCAGCAACGGGAAGUACCUGGCGUCGUGCUCCGAGGACCGCACGGUGCGGCUGUGGAGCACCCGGGACCUGGCGGGGCGGGAGCACCGCUGCCUGCGCGCCAACGUGGGGCUGGACCACGCCGAGCUCGUCCGCCUCAGCCCCGACUCACGGGCUUUCAUUGUCUGGCUGGCAAAUGCCGAGACUAUUCGUGUCUACAAGAUGACCAAGAAGGACGAUGGGAGCUUCACCUUCACCGCAAGUUCUGGGGACUUCCCAAAGAAGCACAAAGCUCCUGUCAUUAACAUAGGGAUUGCAGAGACAGGAAAGUUUAUCAUGACAGCUUCCAGUGACACCACCAUCCUGAUCUGGAGCCCGAAGGGAGAAGUCCUGUCCAGCAUUAACACCAACCAGAUGAACAAUGCCUACGCCACAGUGUCACCCUGUGGGAGGUUUGUGGCAUCCUGUGGCUUUACCCCUGAUGUGAAGGUGUGGGAGGUGUGUUUUGGCAAGAAUGGAGAAUUCCGAGAGGUGACCAGGGCUUUUGAGUUGAAGGGCCACACUGCUGGUGUACAUUCCUUCUCCUUCUCCAACGACUCGAGGAGGAUGGCGACGGUGUCGAAGGAUGGCACGUGGAAGUUCUGGGACACGGAUGUGGAGUACAAGAAGCAGCAGGACCCGUACCUGCUGCUGACAGGGCAGUGCUCGGUGCCGGAGCCGCGGCUCAUCGCCCUGUCCCCCGACGGGCGCGCCGUGGCCGUGGCAGGUGGCACCGACAUCGCCGUGUACAACACGCGCCGCGGCGAGGAGGAGGAGCGGCUCCAGGGCGUGCACGGUCACGGCAUCACCGACCUCGGUCGCCCCGGGGCCGGGGUGUUCGGGGGAGCCGGGGACGGCACUUGCCCCAAGUAA